CUCGAAUUUCGCGACUUCAAAAAUUAUAUUAUUAAUUUUAACUACAAGUACAUGUAUCUUUGUUGUCUUAUGAGAUAGUUAACCCGACUCCGCACUGGUGUCAAGCUCUCAUAGGAAGCUAUGUACGCCCGAUUCUACCACCCAUCAGUCCAAUAUCAACCGGCUUUUUAAACCUUUUAUCCCAGUAAUUUCCAACACCAUCUCUCAUCCUUCGCGCUAUCCCCAGAGUUAUGUCUGCCAGACCCUCCCCGCCGGAGUACGUCACGCUGGCCUCCAACGAUGGAUUCGAAUUCAUAAUAUCCCGCAGUGCUGCCUGUGUAUCUGGCACUAUACGACGCAUGUUGGAUCCGGCAAGCAACUUCUCCGAAGCCGUUACAGGCCGCUGUGUUUUUGAGAACAUGAAUGGAGUCGUGCUCGAGAAAGUCUGCGAAUACUUUCUUUACAACGAACGGAAUAAAGGCCAGACUAACGUGCCUGACAUGGAGUUUCCGCUCGAGAUGUGUCUAGAGCUAUUGAUCGCGGCGGAUUAUUUGGAUACUUAAACCGGAAAUAUCGUAUACCUGCAAUAUUCGUCUUUUUAUUAGAAAAACGGGAAGCGGGCGUUAUCGGACGUUUUUUUUAACAUGGGAAAUAUCGAAUAUAGCUCAUGUACGGUACGGUGCAUACGUGAGGCGUUAUUAAGUCAAGACAAAGAUCUCAAUGAGAAUUGGAACUAUCAAUCGCGUCAUGCUUGACAAUGAGAGCAGCGCUGCACUGCACGCAAAGGCAAUAACAACAAGAAGUUGACAAUGCACCCCAUCAACGCAUCACGUUCCCUCUGGCAAAAACUGCACAUACAACUACUGACGUCUCUCCUCUGGCUCUACGUCAGCGUUGUUUGUGCGCCCAUAGAUUGAAACGUCUAAUAUUGCAAAUGGGAAGAUUGAGGUGGUUGAUCUCCAGUCGAUUUCGUGUCUUUAUCUGCCAGGGGCGGAAGCAUGAAAACUUUUGCCUCACCCAGGCCCUUGCACUGAAUAUUGCUCAGCAAGAGACUGACAAGUUGCUGGGUGAUAUUUGUUGAUCAUACAUUAUCAUUUUCAUUUCCAUGAGCUGUUUUGUUCUCAGGUCCGUACAUAACUUUUAUCUAUGUUACAAACUUGCUAUAUCAACAAAGAAAUUUCAACAUAUCUUACAGAGUUUCUGGCUUCUCACUGACCUGUAUCAUAAUUUUGGGAAAAAAGAAAAAAAAAAAAAAAAAAAAAGAAAAAGAAAAGAAAACAACCAUCCUAUCUCCCACGCCCACGUCCAUUGCCGCCACCACGACCGUUUCCCCCUCCCCUUCUCCCCCCUUUAUUCCCACUGGUCCCACUCUUCCCCUCGUAAACCCUCACCCCAAUAAACCCAGCAUCCGCCACCCUCAGAAAACUCACAACCCCCUGAUCGACCACCGCCAAAAUCACAUUCCGCCACCCAUGGCGCAGCCGCAUAUACAUCAGGCGCUCCAUUUUCUCCCCGCGCGGCGGAUCCAGCGGCGUGCUUUCCAACAGCGCUGAUAACUCGUGGAGCGUGGGAAGGGUGGGGUGGCGGCGGGAGUCGAUGACGGCGAGGCGGAAGUCGGGGUUGCCUGGGGAGGAUUUGCGGAAGGGGGUGGAGGGUUUGUAGACGUUGAAGGCGAGGCGGUAAGGGAGGUUUGUGUGUUUGGGCGGAGUGGGUUCCGGGUGUGUUGGGUUGUGGGUAGGGAUUAUGGAGAGGGCGCGGUAGAUGUCGUCUAAAGCUGCAGUUAGGUUUCAUGAUUUUUGGGGUGGAUUCUCAAGUAUUUGACUUGGGGGAGGAGUUGUAUUAGAACGUACGAUAGUUACGGUGUAUCCCUAGACCGAUGACUGGGCCGUGUGUUAAGCGGCGUGUAGGUCCAGGUUCAAAUAUCGAGUUAAAAAAUCGGGUUAGCACGCUAAUUAACCUCCCACGCCGCUGCUCCGUAUGUGCAUGUAUCCCAGCUUCAUUCGUCGUAGAAGCAGCAGCGGCGAUGGGAACCUGCCCGGCUGUCCCUCGGUCGUUGUCCCCGUCCCCGUCCCCAUCCCCAUCCCCAUCCCCAUCCCCAUCCCCAUCCCCUUUCCCGUCAUCCCAACUUGGUGCACGAAUCACAGUAUACCCACCCCUCCUCAGGCCCGCAUAGACAAUAUACCGCUCCAAUGUUAACCCUCCACGUCCGAGAAAGCAUGCAUACGCCGCUUGUAAACUCAUCGGGACUCCCCCGUCCACGUCCUCAACAUUCUCUUCUUGCCUCCCUUCUAUCUCCGCGCUUCCGGCUGCAUAUCCUCCCGCUGACGCAGGCCACCUGAUAUCCAAACUCCCUCUCUCCAGCAAAUACAGCGCUU